AUGGCACUGGGGCUGCUCAUCGCGGUGCCACUGCUGCUACAGGCGACAUCCCCCGGAGCAGCGCACUAUGAGAUGAUGGGCACCUGCCGCAUGAUCUGCGAUCCAUACAGCGCCGCACCCGGUGGGGGCCCCGCGGGCUCCAAGGCGUCGCCACCCGGACCCAGCACUGCCGCCCUGGAAGUCAUGCAAGACCUGAGCGCCAACCCUCCUCCCCCUUUCAUCCAGGGACCCAAGGGCGACCCCGGGCGACCUGGCAAGCCUGGGCCGCGGGGACCCCCUGGAGAGCCGGGCCCUCCUGGUCCCAGGGGUCCUCCGGGGGAGAAGGGAGACUCGGGGCGGCCCGGGCUGCCAGGGCUGCAGCUUACAGCCGGAGCGGCAGGAGGUGACGGGGUGGUGGGUGGCGGAACCCGGGGCAGCGACGACUCUGAGGGCGAAGUGACCGGCGCGCUCAGCGCUGCCUUCAGUGGUCCAAAGAUCGCUUUCUACGUGGGUCUCAAGAGCCCUCACGAAGGCUACGAGGUGCUCAAGUUCGACGACGUGGUCACCAAUCUCGGCAAUCACUACGACCCCACUACCGGCAAGUUCAGCUGCCAGGUGCGCGGCAUCUACUUCUUCACCUACCACAUCCUAAUGCGCGGCGGCGACGGUACCAGCAUGUGGGCGGACCUUUGCAAGAACGGGCAGGUCCGGGCCAGCGCCAUCGCGCAGGACGCCGACCAAAACUACGACUACGCCAGUAACAGUGUGGUGCUGCACCUCGAUGCUGGGGACGAGGUGUAUGUGAAGCUGGAUGGCGGGAAGGCGCACGGAGGCAAUAACAACAAGUACAGCACGUUCUCCGGCUUUCUUCUGUACCCGGACUAG